AUGUCCCAGAGACAGAUACCAGCGCGCUCCCUGCGUCUCUUCCCGCCGCUACUCCUUCUGUUGGGAGCGGGACAGCAGUGUCUCACGGUACGUCCGUUGCUCUUGUUCCUUAUCGAUGGAUUCCGCUAUGACUACAUGGAUGACUUGGACGCACUGCCCGGAUUUCGCGAAAUCGUGGGCAAUGGAGUGAAGGUGGACUACAUGACGCCGGACUUCCCGAGUUUAUCAUACCCUAAUUACUACUCAUUAAUGACAGGCCGUCACUGUGAUGCUCAUCAGAUGACUGGAAACUACAUGUGGGAUGAAGCCUCAAAGAAGGAGUUUCUGAUUGGGACCAAUCCUGACAGCAGGUUGCCUCUUUGGUGGGAUGGAUCAGAGCCGUUAUGGGUCACCCUGCAAAAGCUUGGAAAGAAGGUUUUCAUGUACUACUGGCCUGGCUGCGAAGUAGAGAUUCUGGGUGUCCAUCCAGCUUUCUGUGAAGAAUAUGUCUACAACCCAUCAGAGAAAAACCUCACAGACUCGAUAGUGAAUGCUCUCAGUGUCCUGAGGUCAGGCCAAGCAGACAUGGCAGCUAUAUAUUAUGAGAAAAUAGAUGUGGAGGGCCAUCACUUCGGUCCAGACUCUCAUCAGGUCAGAACAGCUGUGCGACAACUUGAUCUUGCCAUGCAGACACUCAACAGCAAAAUCAAAGAGAAGAACAUGGCAAACCAGCUGAACAUUGUGCUAUUUUCAGACCAUGGUAUGACAAAGAUCCAGUGGAUGGAAAGGGUCAUAGAGCUGGACAAGUGUAUCAACAUGUCAGACAUUGUCAAGAUGAUGGACAGAGGACCAGUGGUCAGUCUGUGGCCCAAAGAUAACAAGUAUCAACAGGUUUAUGCCAGACUGUCUCAGGUCCCUAACAUGCGUGUCUAUACGAGACAGGAGAUCCCUGAACGUUUCCAUUACAAAGGAGGAAAGUUUGUUUCACCCCUGACGCUUGUGGCUGAGCCAGGCUGGUUUAUCACUGAGAACAAGGCAAGACUCCCAUACUGGAAAAACGACUCUGGGGACCCCUCAGCUUGGCAAAAUGGCUGGCAUGGUUAUGACAACGAGUUUCUUGACAUGAGAGGCUUUUUCUUGGCAACAGGACCUGACUUCAAGUGUAAUGUUCGGGCGGCUCCAAUUCGAGCGGUGGACGUCUAUAACGUGAUGUGCUGGACGCUGGGAGUGGAACCUUUGCCAAAUAAUGGGUCCUGGUCUCGGGUAGAGUACCUUCUGAAUGGCUCUGAUGGUCCACCCCAACCCACAACCCUCUGGACCUGCUGUAUUGGUUUGUUAGGCAUACUGCUGUCACUAUGA